AUGAAUAUUCUACACUCAACGCUAUCAACCUGGCGAGACCGCCUCGCCCCCGUUUCCCGCACCUCAACUUUUCGCUCUACUGGUCAAAUCACUCCCGAGGAGUUCGUCUUGGCCGGCGACUACCUGGUCUACAAGUUUCCCACAUGGGCCUGGGCUGAUGCUUCCAGCCCCGCGAAGCGCGUCUCUUACCUCCCUGCAGGAAAGCAGUUCCUUGUUACGCGCGGUGUCCCUUGUCACCGACGGCUGAAUGACAACUUCGCGGGCGAUGCGGGACAUGAAGAUGAGAUCGUGAGAGAUAUGCUCUCUGGAGAAGGUGCAGAGGGACCUGCGGGAGAUGAGGGAGAUGACGGGUGGUUGCGCACUGGGGGUGGAGCGGAUCGAAGUGAACAAGAGGCGCGGAUUCGAGAUGUGAGGACUGUGGAUGAAUCCGGGAACCUUGGAGAACAGGAAGACGAGGAUGAGAUUCCUGAUAUGGAGGAUGACGAUGACGAUGAGGAGGCUAUCAUUCGUGAGCCGGCGGGACAGUCAGAGACAACACAACCGCUACGCACUUAUACUUUAUACAUAACCUACUCGAACUUCUACCGCACACCUCGUCUUUACCUUUCAGGAUAUCUCUCUCCGUCGGAGCCACUUCCGCCACACCUGAUGAUGGAGGAUAUCGUCGGCGACUACAAAGACAAGACAGUCACACUGGAAGACUUCCCUUGGUUCGAUGGUAGUGUGAAGAUGGCCACUGUACACCCUUGCCGACACGCCUCUGUGAUGAAAACCCUCCUCGACCGGGCUGAUGCUGCACUCAAACUGCACCGCGAGAAGCUCAAGCAAACGCAGUCCCGGGAAGAGGCGAACCGAGUCCUACAGGCAGGUGGAAGCGGACUUGCAGGUUUAGUUGACGAUACGAAGGCUCUAUCUCUCGGCGAAAACCAGCAGCACCAACCUGGUGGAGAUGAGUGGGAGGUUCUUCAGCAUGACGAGGAGGAACAGGUUGCUAUCCGCGUGGACCAGUACUUGGUUGUAUUCCUGAAGUUCAUUGCCAGUGUUACACCGGGUAUUGAACACGAUUUUACAAUGGGAGUAUAA